CGUUUUUCACAAUUUACACACAAGUAAAUAAACCGCCAAGAAACGCUCACUAAAUCAUCCUAAUUUCCCCCAAAUUCUCCUCAAAAGAAUAUCAGUGGAGCCUUUUACAGGACACCAAAUAAAAGAGUCAUGUCUCAGCAAGGUGCAGCGUUACAGACUUACAACAAUGAACUUGUGAAAUGCAUUGAAGAUCUGUGUGGUAAACGAGAUGAGCUGAACAAAUCUAUUUUGUCUGAAGAGGAGGAGAAAGCAAAGAUUCAGAAUGAUAUCCGAAUCUUGACAGAGAGACUAUCCAAAGUAAACGAGAGUCUUAGUAAAAAGUUGGCAUCCCGUAAUGAAUUCGACAAGACAAUUGCUGAAACUGAGGCUGCUUAUAUGAAGAUUCUUGAAAGUUCUCAGACGUUACUUCACGUAUUGAAAAGAGAGACGACUAAUCUGAAAGUUCCAACCACUGUGUCGCUCAAUAAGAAGGAGCAAACAACAUCUUAGAGUCCACCAUCAAUAAACGGCGGCACUGUCCUGGGAAGUUCUGACAUUUAUUUUGAAUGCACUGUCCGAGAUCUGUGAUAUCAAAUGAGAUUCCAGCCUACCAAUAGAAUUCAAUGACUUGCAAGUAGCUCAGUGUCUGUCUUUGAUUCUGAGAGCCUACUUUUGACAGUGUAUGUCAAAUGGACUUCACCGUAUGACUCCAUGAGAAGAAAGAUGACUUAGCCAGAGGGAGGAUGGUUAUUGCCAAAGCUUUUAUAUGUAAAUGACAAAACAAAGUCUAGGGGAAAUUCAGUUUGAGUUUGUAACCUAUAUCAUAUGUUUAUGUGUAUGUGCGUGGGAGUGGGGCGGGGGGGGGGCAUUUACUCAGGAAUUUUCUGGGAGAGUUCCAACAGAACAAUGGUCUCCUGUUGUAGAAUUAAAUGUGUCGCAUGAAUGAAGGCCCACUUCUACCUAUUUUACAGAGUUGAAAUGUUGGCGCUUUUUAAGUUUGCUUAUGACAACACUUCACGAAAAUAGAAUGCUUGCAAAUAUUUCAGGCUUUACAGUAUUAGGGUCACACAGAUGAAGAUGUUACAGUACUGUACAUACAUUGUGCAGUACAUCAUUCAUGACGCUGUACAUGUACAUGUAAUGUUUAAAUAAAUGCACUCAAAAUGUGUUAGUUGGAAAUACAUGUUUAAUUUUUCAA